AUGACCCGCACGGCACCCCAAAAAGCUUCGCACUACCGUGUGGGGCUCGUUCUGCAGACCGGCCAAGAGCUCAUGCGUGGAAUAACGCGUGGAGUUUAUCAGUUCGCGCGCGUCAACCGCGGCUGGCAGAUCUGUGGUGAUGGUCAGUAUCCGCUGCUGAACUGGGAUCAAGUUAGCGAUUGGCGGGGUGACGGACUUAUUGCGGUAGUGAACUCUCAGCAACAACUGGAUACUCUCUUGAGCGCUUCAGUGCCUGCAGUGAACGCCGGUUCUCGAAUCCGCCACAAGAGGCUGCCUACCGUAGCUUGUGAUAGCCAUGCAAUCGGGAGUAUGGCGGCAACUCAUCUUCUGAACUGUGGUCUUAAGAACUUUCUGUUCUUGAGCGAAUUACGAUGGGAAAACGAACGCAUUCGAUUCGAAAGCUUCAAAUCGACGGUGACUGCGGCUGGCCAUCGUUGCGACGCAUUGAAACUGCCCGUCCAUGAAGUUGUCACGACCGACGCCUCGGGGCACUACCAGGUGGAAGUGGAGAGCGUGGCGCAAGCCCUACUAGGGAGCAGGAAGCCCCUUGGCAUAUGCACUCCAAACGCAGAGUUAGCACGAACGGUGGUAGAGGUUGCUAAUGACUGUGGACUCGAAGUUCCGGAUGAGGUGGCCAUAAUCGGAGUCAAUGACGAUCCAUUGAUUUGUGAGUCGACGGUCCCACACAUCUCAGCGGUCAUUCAACCCGCGGAACAGAUUGGAUACCAAGCCGCGGUUCGGUUGGACUCAAUCAUGCAAGACCGCAAUCCAGAUAUGGCAGACUGCCUUCUGCAGCCGAUUGGUGUUGCCGUUCGCCAAUCAACAGACAUGCUCGCUAUUGAAGAUGAAGAUGUUAGGGAGGCGCUAAAGUACAUACGUGAAUAUGCACAAGAUCCCAUAGAUGUCGCGGACGUAUUGGCUCACGUUGCGGUGUCUCGACGUACUCUCGAAGCGAAGUUUCGCGCUACGAUUCAAAGGACGCCUGCGUUGGAGAUUCGGCGCGUUCGCCUGGAGCGAGCAAAGCGGCUGUUAGCAGAAACGAACGACCCAAUCACUAACGUGGUGUUUGCCUGUGGGUUCAAUAGCCGCCAAGUCUUCAGCACGCUCUUCCGGAAUGAGACGGGCGUCACUCCAAGCGAGUUCCGCCGCAAGUUCCAGCCUGAAGUACUUCGUUA